UAUAAGGCAGACCUGUCAGAUUAGAUUCCUUCCUUCUGUUGCAGGAACACAUAUGUAGAGCAUAGCCGUGUUUAUCCUUUCCCAAAUACUUCACGUUCUCAGGAUUAUCUCAUUGCACUUGGCAAAAUGUUAACAGCUUUUUCUCGGCUUGUUUUAAAUCACAGUGGAGAUCGUGUCAUUGGAGACAUUAGGCUGCGGCACUGAUUGUCUUAUGACUCCCUUAUAAUAAACAGAUCCAUUGGUUGUCCCAAAGAUGUGUAAUCAUCAGCAGGCAUGUAGGCCUUACAUAGCACAGCCAUGUGGAAUCAUGCACUGACUGAUCCACUUAAAACUCUUCCCCCUUUCCAAAAAGAAAUGUUUCAGGGGCAAAAAUCAAGAUUUUCCCAGCACAGCAGGGACCUGUGGAAAGGAUACUCACAGGGUUCUGAGAGGCUCUAACUAGUCUCUCUUGGUUCAGACUUUUUGGUGGAUGGACAGGUUGUACCACUUUGGAAAGUAACAGGACACUUCUAAAUUGUAUUGGUGUGCAACCCUCAUUCUUUCCUGCCUGUUACUGGGUAGUGACACUAGAGAAACCAUUAAAGGAACAAGCUAUGCUAAAAAUGAAGUCAUUACUCUUGACAUAAUACUUGUACCUGUACAUUUGAAAAAUGGUUUCUUUGAAGCAGAAGUCCUGGUAUGUAUAGUAAUAAAAAUAAAUCUAGGAAAAUCUCUCCUUUAAAGCUGAUGGACUUUGGCUACACAGCAGUGCUUGCCUUCACUCCCCUGCCAGAGCUCAUCACUGACAAAAAGAGGUAGAUUAGAAAACAAGCUCAAUCUGCUUACAGGGGAACUGAGGAUCCCACUCCACCCAGCAGCCAGUAUCCCAGGACUGAAGGGAUCGCUAAGGAUUCUCCCUGGUUCUGGUGCAUGAAGAACAGUGUACAGCAUUCACUAAAGACACUAGAUGUGGUGUUACGUGCUUCUCUUUGCCAUGGUCUGGGCCAUUGGAUGGCUGCUAAGGGACAGGCAGAAGAUUUCAAGAUUCUCAAACAAACAUGUCUUUAUUACUGGCUGUGAUACUGGCUUUGGCAAUUUGCUGGCCAAGAGACUGAGCCGAAAGGGUUUCCAAGUCCUGGCCGGGUGUCUCACUCAAGCAGGGGCAGAUGACCUGCAGAAAGCUUGUCCUACUGGCCUUAAGUGCACUUUGCUGGAUGUUACCAGUCAGGAAAGUAUAAACAAGGCUGUGGAGUGGGUGAAGUCCGAGGUGGGAGAUAGAGGUCUCUAUGGGUUAGUUAACAAUGCUGGAAUUGCUAAUCCUAUUGGGCCCACUGAAUGGAUGACCAUACAGGACUACAAGAGAGUUAUGGACGUCAAUGCAUUUGGAACCAUUGCUGUCUCGCUGAGCUUCCUGUCACUGAUAAAGAAGGCACAAGGGCGCAUUAUAAAUAUGGCCAGCAUCCUUGGAAGGAUUUCAGCUAAUGGAGGAGGGUACUGUGUGUCCAAGUACGCGGUUGAGGCCUUCUCUGAUAGUUUAAGGCGGGACAUGCAGCACUUUGGCGUGAGAGUGUGUAUUAUUGAGCCUGGGUUCUUCAAGACAGCAGUGACCAACCUGGAUUCUAUUGAGCGCUCCCUGCAGCUACUCUGGGAUCAGAUGCCGCCUGAGACAAAGAUGACCUAUGGGGACAAGUACUUCCAACAAUACCUGAAAGUGCAGAGACUCAUCAUGAACUUCAUCUGUGAUGCGGAUAUCUCCAAAGUGCCCAAGUGUAUAGAACACGCCCUGCAAGCCCGAUACCCACGCACCAGAUACAGUCCAGGCUGGGAUGCCAAGCUGGUGUGGCUACCCGCCUCUUACAUGCCAGCCUUCAUUACAGAUGCUGUACUGGCUUUUGUACUUCCCAAACCAAAGCACAGCAUCCAUUAGCAAUUGUUACUUUUUAUACAUUUUCUUAUUAGGACUUUUAGAGAAGUGUAUAUACACCGCAAUAGUUUUUAUACUGUAAGUGCAUUACUAUGGAAAAGAAUAUCCCAUAACGCACAGUGAUAUCCUGCUGAAUGGUAUGCCGUGUUUCUAGGCAGCAGUCUUCCUUAAUUAAGGGAGCUCGGCAAUGCUAGCUGUCUAUUACAUGUGGUGCCAUAACAGAUUUAUCCAUUACCUCUAUGGACAUAUUUAUUAUUGUGGGGCAAGAUGCAGAGUGCAAAAAAACAGGCACAAAGCACAUUUUGUCUCAAAUAUUUAGAAUGAGAUUACAUAGGCUUGAGAUAUUUCUGUAGUGUGGAAUGAAUUAUAUCUCGCUGGUUCACUGACCAGUGUGCACUUUACUGGCACCAAAAUAUGAGAGUUGGAUAUGAUCACCCCAUGCAGCGUGGUGCGGCCUGCCCUGCAAAUCCACUAAAUGAUUGUUGUCCAAGCAGAACAGAUAGGCCAAAGUCUUAAAUACAGACAUUUCUCUAUAUUAAAGAAUGUAUUUAAAUGUUAA